CAGUUUACGACGGUAAUUGAAUUGCACUUACUAAAGUCAUAUAAUUUUCUGUGCUGCGUGUUUGUGAAAAAAGUGUAAAUUCAAAUCUUUGUCUUGAGGUUAAAAAAAUCUGGUUUUUCUUGUUGUUUGUUUCGUCGCUCUUCUAUGUAGUGUAGACUUGCCUAGGUGGCGCCCCAUAUCUAUCUAGGUGGCUUCACCUUAGAUAUUUUGUUUGGUGAAUGCCCAUGUAUGAUGUUUUUAUCUUCAAUCUUAUUUACUUCUCACUUCCCAAAAACAAAAAAACAAAAAAAAAAAAAGGCUUGUGUAUUUCCAUAGGGUCAGCUAUCAACUGGACAAGUGAUAGCAGUAAAGAGGCUCUCGGAGAAUUCUAAACAAGGGGUUGGUGAAUUUAAAAAUGAGGUUAUCUUGAUUGCCAAGCUUCAGCACCGAAAUCUUGUUAGACUUUUGGGAUGUUGCAUUCAAGGAGAAGAGAGGAUGUUGAUCUAUGAGUAUUUGCCCAACGGCAGCUUGAGCUCCUUUAUUUUUGAUACUACAAAAAGUAACUCUCUUGAAUGGAGGAAACGCUUGGAUAUUAUUAUGGGGAUUGCUCGAGGGCUUCUCUACCUUCAUCGAGAUUCAAGACUGAGAAUUAUUCAUAGGGAUCUCAAAGCUAGCAAUGUGCUACUAGACAAUGAGAUGAAUCCCAAGAUUUCAGACUUCGGCAUUGCUAGAGCUUUUGGAGGAGAUCAAAUAUCGGAGAAAACAAGAAGGGUGAUUGGAACUUAUGGUUAUAUGUCCCCAGAAUAUAUAUUACGUGGGCUCUUUUCAAUGAAAUCAGAUGUGUUUAGUUUCGGAGUACUUGUUUUAGAAAUAGUGAGUGGACAGAGGAACAGAAAGUUCCGACAUCCUAACCAUACUCACAACCUUCUUGGGCAUGCAUGGAAACUAUGGGUUGAAGGGAAUGCCAUCAAGCUAGUUGAUGAGAAGGUGGAAACUUCAACAAUGCUGAUGUCAGAAGUAAUAAAAUGUAUACAAAUUGGUCUUUUGUGUGUGCAACAACGCCCUGAAGAUAGGCCAACAAUGUCAUCUGUGGUGUCGAUGUUGGAUAAUGAGGGUGCAAUGCUGCCCCGUCCUAAACAACCCGGAUUCUAUACAGAAGGGAGUAGUGAUGAGACAGAACUUGCGUCAACUACAGGAAUAAAAUGUUCCACAAAUAAGACGACUCUAACAAUUCUACUAGGUCGUUAAAAAAUUCCAAUUGAAGAACUAAUGCUUAUGGCUAUUAUUAUUAUUAUAAUUUUUCAAUAAGAAAGUUAAUACCAUAUUUGAUAAUAGCGUUACUAAUUAUGGAUGACAGAUGAUAUAUAAGUUUCCUUGUUUGAUAGCAAACGAGAUAGAAUGAAUGACCAAUUUUUAUCGGCCAAAGACUCUCUAAUGCUUAAGUCAAUAAACUGGUGUGAUUUAUGCAAUCGAGGUGAGAGUUGUUGCAUACUUCCUUUGGAGUUAGGGGAGAUGGAUUUUGGAUUGUGAUUGCAUACUUCCUUUGGAGUUAGGUGAGAUGGAUUUUGGAUUGUGAUUGCAUACUUCCUUUGGAGUUAGGUAGGAUGGAUUUUGGAUUGUGAUCCCUUAUUUCUUGUUGUGAUGUUAUUGUCAAUUAAUUUUAUCUGGUUUUGAGGGUAUCACUGUAAAAAAAACUUGACAGAAUGUAUAAUAUUUUCUUAGAAAAAUCUUAAAUCAA